UAUGAGUAGCAGUGGCGGUGGUUAAUCAUCAAGAAGCUCUCUUUUUGAUGCAAGCGUGGGUAUAAAAACAGCACCUUUGCCAUUACGUUUCUCUUUCAAAAAAUUUACAAAUUUUAAUUUUCCACUCAUACCCAUCUUCAAUUUUACUCUUUAAGUACUAAAGUUUGAAUCUUUUUAAAUUUUGAUUAUUUGGGUACUGAAAUAAUCUUACAAUUUCACUUUUUUGUGAGAGUCUGUGUGGGCGUGGCAGUGUGUUGCAGAAGAAAGUGUGUAAGAAAAGCAGAGGGGGAGAGGGUUUGAAGUUUGAACAGAAAAGAAUUGAGUCCAAGUUUUUUCAAAAAGUUUUGUUUUUGAGUGUAAAAAAAAGUUGGGUUUGAAAUAGGAGCAGAGAAUAGCCAAAAGUAGCACAGAAUCUGAAAAUGGGGUAUCUUUCUUCUGCUGCUUCUGUGUUGUUGGGUUCUCUCUCUGUAAUUCUGACUAGGGUUUUUUAAUGAGGGGGUUAUAAUAUUUAUUUUACUGAAAUCAAUGUUCUUUUGUUUCUGUAUUUGACUGCUUCUAUUAGUAACCCUUUUUGCAGCUUUCUUUUUCUUUGAGUUUUUUUUUUGCUGUAAAUUUGGUCCACUACAACCUUGUUUGAGUUCAGCUUUGGAAAUAGUAAUAAAUUUAGGUUCUUUGAUCUUUUUGUUGCAUUUUGGGACCUUAAUGUUUUCAGUUAUAGCAUUACUGGGGUUCUAUGACAAUUAGUUGAAGUGGGUCUUUGUAGUUUAGUUAGAUUGGUUUAAGUUAUGUGAAAAUGAAUUUAUUGACAUCUUUAUGAUUUGUGAAGCUGCUUAUAUUGUAAGUUUAAUCUUUGUAGUUUCAAUUCAAGUUUAAACUAGGUUUCUUCUUCAUUCACCUCUGAUUUUGCCCUGCUUUCAUUAGGUGUUUAAGCAAUUAGGGUAUUUUAGGAGUGGUUAAGUUUAAGUUUUACUUUUGUAGUUGUAGAAUUCUAGAGAACUUUGAUAGUUGAAACACAAUUUGUUAGACUAAGGUGCCUACUUAGUUAGUUUAUCUCAUUCUUGUGAAGAAGAGAUGGAGAUGAGUGACAAAGAUAAGUUAGAAUUGAAGAACAGAGGUGAAAAUCAUAUGACCUACCAUUCGCCCGGUAAUAUGCCCUCAGAUUGGCGCUUUAGCAGCGGUAAUAUCACAAAUUCGUCUUUAGGUUUGGUUCCCACUGAUAAUCAGUUGCCAGUGUGUAGAGGGGAUUUGUUUGGCGCAACGUCUUGUUCUUCUGCUUCAAUGGUGGACUCAUUUGGUCCAGCCUUAUGGGACCAUUGUGAUAUUAAUGUCGAAAAUGAUCCAAGCACUUUAAACCUAAUGGGAGUUAGAAAAGGAGGUCCCACUUCUUUGAGAGGUGGUAUGGAUAAAGCUCUAGAAAUGGGAUGGAAUCCUCCAAGCUCCAUGCUAAAAGGCGGUAUUUUCUUACCGAGUGCUCCUCAAAGCUUAUCUCAGUUUCCUGCUGAUUCUGCGUUCAUCGAGCGUGCUGCCAGGUUUUCAAGCUUUAAUGGUGGAAAUUUUAGUGAUAUGAAUCCUUUUGGACUCCCCGAUUCCGUGAGUCUUUUUGCGAGGAGUGGUGGAAUGAUGCAAGGACCACCGCAAGAGGUUUUUGCAGCAGGUGGGUUGAAACCAGUAUCUGGUGGACAGUUUCAGAAUAAUUUGAAUUUGGGUGAAGCUUCCAAAGAUGCUUCCAUGUCAGUUGAAGGUAGCCCACUCGGAAAUGACAGGAAAAGUGAAAACCUUGUAAGAUGUAAUGAUGAAGCAAUACGAGGUGUUGGCGGGUCUGGUAAUGAGUCCGAGGAAGCUGAGUUCAGUGGUGGCGGCGGCGGUGGUGGUCAAGAGGAGCCAUCUAUGCUGGAAGGAAAUGGCAUGGAAUUGUCUACUAAGAGCCUUGCCUCAAAGAAAAGGAAAAGGAAUGGGCAGGAUAUUGAAGCUGUUGAAGCUGCGAAGGAUAGCUCUGAAGUUCAGCUGAUUGGAGAGCUUACCCCAACUUCAACUCCUAAUAAGACUGCUGGAAAACAAGGGUCUCCGGCUUCCGAUCCUCCAAAAGAAGAAUAUAUUCAUGUCAGAGCUCGUAGAGGUCAGGCAACAAACAGCCAUAGUCUCGCUGAAAGAGUUCGAAGGGAAAAGAUUAGUGAAAGAAUGAAGUUUCUGCAAGACCUCGUACCUGGUUGCAGCAAGGUAACAGGGAAAGCGGUUAUGCUGGAUGAAAUUAUCAACUACGUACAAUCAUUGCAACGACAGGUUGAGUUUCUAUCAAUGAAACUAGCAACAGUAAACCCACGGCUGGACUUUAACAUAGAAGGGCUUCUUGCAAAAGAUAUCCUUCAUUCACGAGCUGUUCGUUCAUCUCUGGUAUUCACACCUGAGAUACCAAUGGCUUAUCCCUCAUUUACGGCAUCUCAAUCGGGACUGAUUCCAGCUUCUUUUCCUGGCAUGGAAAGCCAUUCUGAUGUGCUUCGAAGAACAAUUAGUUCUCAUUUAACACCAUCAGCUGGAGGAUUCAAGGAGCCUGCUCAGCUACCCGGUGCAUGGGAUGAUGAGCUCCAUAAUGUUGUCCAAAUGGGAUAUGGAACCAACAGUACACAAGAUAACCAAGAUGUAAAUGAAUCACUGCCGAGAGACCAUAUGAAAGCUGAACUUUAACUGUUCACCUUUCUUUUGUACAACUUGUUCCACUAAUUUUGAGGCAUAAGGGCACAUGACAUUCUCUUACCACGGAGAUCGAUGAAGAAACCGAUGAUUUUACCCCAGCUUCCGAAAAGCUUGGAUAAUCUCGGAAGCUUGAAGGGUCAUUCACCCUGCCUACGAAAAGCAUGGUUAUGGCAUUUUGUCGGCCGGAAAAGUGGAAAGCAGGAAAUAGGUCUUUGUUACGGAAUAGGGUGUCCGAUAUGGUGACGACUAAUUCAAGAAUGUAUAGAUUGAUGUUCCAAGGAUAUUAUGAAAAUAGGGUGAUAGGGAAAACCAUGAAAUGGAGCUCUGUAAUUUAUUGGAUAAUGAGAAAAAUUAUGGCAUUUUGCUCAUUUGUAUCUCAAUUUUCUACUUAUAUACAUGUCCAUUACUAUUGGCAUUUCA